ACUCCCAGCGGAAAGGCCCGCCGCCAUCUUGGAUCGCGGGUGCCUGUGAGGGAAGAGGAGGGGCGGCGGCGACGAAAGAGGGAAGAAGGAGAAGGAGGAGGAGGAGAAAGAGACCCCGCCGCCGCCCGUCGCCCCCUUUGCGCCUUCCGCGGCUCCUGCCCGGGGACGAAACGCUGCUGUGGCCGCCGCUGCCUCCCCAGCCAAGCUGCCCAGUCACCAGCCCCUCGAGCCCAGUGCCACAAUGGCAACUGCACCUUACAACUAUUCCUACAUCUUUAAAUACAUCAUUAUCGGUGAUAUGGGUGUAGGAAAGUCCUGCUUGCUCCAUCAGUUUACAGAAAAGAAGUUUAUGGCAGACUGCCCCCAUACAAUUGGAGUCGAGUUUGGUACCAGGAUAAUUGAAGUUAGCGGCCAGAAAAUUAAGCUGCAGAUCUGGGACACGGCGGGACAAGAGAGAUUCAGAGCUGUCACACGGAGCUACUACAGAGGUGCUGCAGGAGCCCUUAUGGUUUAUGAUAUCACUAGAAGAAGUACGUAUAACCAUUUAAGCAGCUGGCUGACGGACGCAAGGAAUCUAACUAACCCAAAUACUGUGAUCAUCCUUAUAGGAAACAAAGCAGAUCUGGAAGCCCAGAGAGAUGUGACAUAUGAGGAAGCCAAACAAUUUGCUGAAGAGAACGGUUUGCUGUUCCUUGAAGCGAGUGCAAAAACAGGCGAGAACGUGGAAGAUGCGUUCCUAGAAGCCGCCAAGAAAAUCUACCAGAAUAUCCAAGACGGGAGCCUGGACCUGAACGCAGCAGAGUCAGGGGUACAGCACAAGCCUUCGGCUCCACAGGGCGGGCGGCUAACCAGCGAACCCCAGCCCCAAAGAGAAGGCUGCGGCUGCUAGUUGACCUUGGUUCCUCGGCUCUGUCUGUGACCUUUCACCUCUGUCAAGAGCAGUGCUUUUUUGGGGGGAGGGUGGGGCUGCUUCCGUUUUCCUCUGCACAUCUUACCAGGUUUAAUUAAAACUCCCGAGGCAAGAGUUUAACACAGUACUAAACUGCUAAAAGAAUAAAAUAAAAAGAGAAAAAACUUAGAUGUAAUCAGGUUAUCAAAGGCAAGUAGAGUCAUACCCCCCAUCCCUGCAUGGUAAAUCUUAGACGUCCUUAUUCCCCCCUACCUCUCCCCUCCCCAUAAUCAAUUUGUCCUUGUGAAUAGAUGUCACCGAUUCAUGAUUUACAAAACAGAGCUCUGAUGCUGGACCUCAUGACUUUCACUCUCUCUCUCCCCUUCUUUUCUCCGCAGAGCUUUUGUCUCUCGUAAAGUUUAACUUUGGUAGCUUCAACUUUUUUCUCCCAAUCUGUAACUGGUCUGUCCUUUUUAGUAACAAAAAAAAAAAAAGAAAGAAAGGAAAAAAAAAAGAUUUGCUAUGAAACUAUUUCCAAGGG